CUAGUAAUAAAGAUGGGGCGGAAGCCAGAAUCCCGAGCAGACGCCCAUAUACGUCCUCCUCACAAAUCCCUCUUAGCUCCGGCAGUUCUAUUUCAUCCAACCCAAUGGUGAGUGACAGCGAAGCAGAGAAGUCGCAUCUGAAGGACAAAGAAAAGGAGAAGAAGAAGCUGUUGGCUCUUGCACCAAUUGCUAAACCCCUUGCCGGCAAGAAGCUCUGCAAGCGCACCCUAAAGCUUGUUCGUAAAGCUGCUGAAUACAAGUGCUUGAAGCGGGGGGUGAAGGAGGUGGUCAAAAGCAUAAGGCGCGGACAAAAAGGGUUUUGUGUAAUAGCUGGAAACAUAUCCCCCAUUGAUGUGAUCACUCAUGUUCCAAUCUUAUGUGAAGAGGCAGACAUUCGCUACGUUUAUGUUCCUUCCAAGGAAGAUCUUGCCAAUGCCGGGUCGACCAAGAGGCCAACAUGUUGUGUUCUGAUACAAACUAAGCCAAACAAAGGGGAGCUUGGAUCAACUGAACAAGAGAAACUCAAGGCUGAGUUUGACCAAGUUGUAGCAGAAGUAUCGGAACUUACAAGUAGUAUUUUCUGAAGGGUAAAAGCCAUUGUUCUUUAACUUACCCUCAAUGUACCUGUAGCUUUCUUCUGCGAAUUGGUUAGUAGUGUACUCUGUUUCACUUAAAAUUUGAUUGGCCUAUGCCAUUUCUACUGCAACCUUCUAUCUCCGUUGAUAUUUUCCAUCUAGUCCAGUAGUCACGUUUGAACAUUCUUAGUUUCUCAGACUGCGCAGAAUCCAGUCGGUGGAUUGAUAUUCUUUUAAGAAACUGAGUGAUUCAAUAGAAUUGGCCAGAGAACAUAGCCUUAUUAAGUA